AUGGUCGCGGGGGUAAUUAAAAGAGAUAAACGUGCAUGGAACCAGUUUAAGUCUGUUGUCAUUCUCCAUCUUUUGUUCACUUUUCAUGCGACAAAAGCCCAAAGCCGGGCACCUCGCAUAAAGGAGCAUCCUGCAGACACGAUAGUCGGGAGAAGUGAACCUGCUACCCUACGGUGUGUUGCUGAAGGAAAGCCUAAGCCUACCAUACUAUGGUAUAAAGACGGGGCACCGCUUGGUCAUACAGAACACCCUCACAGGGUUUUACUGGAAGAUGGGCUGUUGUUUCUCAGGGUUAUGCGUAGCAAGAAGGAGAGCGACGAGGGCGUGUACUGGUGUGUCGCGCACAAUACCGUCGGGGAAGCAGUUAGCAAGAACGCAACUCUUACUAUUGCUGUACUUCGUGAAGAAUUUAGAAAUGAACCAAGAGAUGUUAAAGUAGCUAGUGGAGAACCCGCUUUACUCGAAUGUGCCUCACCAAGAGGUAUACCUGAUCCCUCAAUACAUUGGAUGAAAGAUGGACAUAGUUUAGACGUAGAAGUAAAUGGAAGGAUAACUAUUAUUGACGGAGGAAAUUUAAAGCUGUUAGAAAGUUUGCCUUCAGAUAGCGGAGUUUACAGAUGUGUGGCAUCUAAUGUUGCCGGGGAAAGACAAUCACGUCCUGCUACAUUACUCGUAUUACGCAGACCACAUUUUCUAGUGAAACCUAAUAACAUAACGGCAUUAAUUGGUCAGAACAUUGAGUUUCAUUGCCAAGCGUCGCCAGAAUCUGAUGUUUCGGUGACGUGGUCGCGUGAUAAAGGAGUAUUGUCACCUUAUGCCAUUAUAAGACGAGGCUCUCUGAGAAUUGAUAGAGUAUUGGCUUCAGACGGAGGCACUUAUACUUGUCGGGCAGAAAGUCAAGCUGGAUUUAGUGUUGCUAGUGCAACAUUAACGGUUCAUUCAUUACCGCAUUUUACGAGAGUGCCUUCAGACCAAACAGCAUGGGAAGGGGAAUCUGUUUCAUUUCCCUGUGAAGCUGAAGGGACACCGAAACCAAUUGUAUUUUGGACAAUGGAGGGUUCACAGGAAUUAAUAUUUCAAAAUUCAAUUCAUAGUACAGGGUCACUUUAUUUAGACCGAGUUCAAGUACAGCACGCUGGUAGAUUAACUUGUGUGGCUGUUAGUGCUGCAGGCAGCGCUUUGCACACUAUAACUUUACAGGUAUUACGAAGAGAAGCUAAUUCAUUUAACGGUAAUUCUGAAACAUCUUCUCCAUAUCCAGAACUGAAUAAGCCCCAAAACCAUCCACCGAUGACCCAAUAUGAAUUAGUCCAAGCACGUCGAUAUCUACAACAAGAUGUUUUAGCUUUAAGACGAGUGGAAGGAAUUUCCUCUACAACUUUAAAAAUAGUUUGGGAUGUAUUAACAGAUUACAAUGAAUACUUAGAAGGAGUAAAAAUAUGGUUUAACGGAACGUCUUUAAACCGACAAUUCGCUUUAGAUUUACAAAAUUAUCAACAAUCUAAUAAUUCUUUAGAAAGUUUUAUGGAGCUAACGAAAUAUGACAAUUUUACGAUGACCACAGUCCAUAAUAGUGGUUCCUCAAGUCAUUUAUUAACAGGGUUAAUGCCAUAUGCACAAUACAAUAUAUUUUUGAUGCCGUUUUACAAAUUACUAUUAGGCAAACCGUCCAAUAUGAAAAGUGGUUUGACGGAAGAAGACAUUCCUACAGCUCCCCCUCAGAAUGUUUCCGCGGGAGUUAUUAACGCUACAUCAGCUUGGAUUCGUUGGGAUCCUCCGCCAAUACAUUCAUGGAAUGGCGAUCUUUCCGGCUACUUGAUCGAAGUACGAGUGGGUGGAACUAACAACGGUCGAGUGGUAGGCCAGAUGUCAUUAGGAUCGCGUACUAGGGCCGCAGCGGCUAGCUCUUUGCGUGCAGGCGGUAGGUACAGUGCACGUGCCGCGGCUGUGACGCGUCGUGGGCACGGGCCGUUCAGUGCGCCUGCGCAUAUACACAUGCUGCCUACGCAUUCUCAACGCCAUUACGUACAAACUGAACCAGCCACAGAUAAAGCCAUAUUAACAAUGUUUCAAGAAACCUGGCUUCUUAUACUUAGUUUAUUUCUAUUAAUAAUUAUCAUAUUAGGCACAGUUACCAUAGUUUUUUUGCGGCGUAAACAGUUAAAGCAACGAAAGAAUCAUAAUAACACUGGUACUCCAAUUACAAACGCACAAUGUUUACUCGGUAAAGAAGCAGUAUGGCUUCGAGAAAGACCGUUGUACGAAGGAUCAAACGAACCAAGAAUAGAAAUUUUAAACUGUCAUCAAAGUUUAUUACACAGUGGACACACGAUAGGUACUAUGGCCAUGGAGGCCGAAUACAGUCUUCCACAACACACUAGCGCAAUAAAUAUGAUGUCGCAAGAAGAUAACAGGAGACACGCUCCUGAGCCGUACGCUUCUAGUGCUAUAUAUACUGAAUUAAAUUAUCAGUUACAGGACCAUACUGACGCAGAGGAUUCAUGCAUAAAAUGUGCUGUGAGUCCAGAAUCCUAUGACAAUAGUAUGGUACGGUCAUUCGCCGAUAGUAAUCAAUAUUCUAACGAAGAGUGUUCGACGUGUUGUCGUAGUAGCAGUUCAACACUUACAAAAGAUUAUAGUGAAAUGACUAAAUGUGGGAAUGAUGCUGACGACAUACAAGAUAUGCAAGACAUGUCCAUAGAUGAAUGCCCGUCUUGUAAAACUGCGCAAUCACGAUCGUCUAGUCACCAUGGUGAAAAUAAGGAGUGGACUGCCUUAGCUGAGGUAGAAUACGAUUAUCCCCAGUGGCAAUGGUUAGGUAGAGAAAAUAGUUUUAGGCAAAUGACGCAAGAAUCAAAACAUUCCAGCCAAGGAAGACGAAGCGAACAAAAUUGUAGGGUGAAUUUAUGUGAUAUACUUCCACCGCCUCCUUAUGAAAGAGAAUCGCCAUAUAGAGAGAUGCACGCGUUUGCAAGCAACUCUGGCGCCUCAGGUUGCUCAGGUCGUACUUACCACAGC